AUGGAUGAACGCAGAGAAGAGCAAAUUGUGCAGCUCUUGAACACUGUCCAAACUAAAAAUGAAAAAGAGCAAGAAGCCAUGUCCUGGUGGUCUGGAGAUGAAGAAGGACCUACUCCAGAACAGCCUGCUAAAGUGAAAUCAGAUGCUGGAAAAGCUCCUGUAAGACGGAGACCACUCUUAGAAAAAACAUCUCUUGAUCGGGAUGUGGAAUAUCUCUUUGAAAAAAAUGAGCAGGAUACUAAUUUAGAUGAGCAACUUAAAGAAGACUUAAGAAAGAAGAAAUCUGAUCCUAGAUAUAUUGAAAUGCAGAGAUUCCGAGAGAAACUCCCUUCCUAUGGGAUGAGACAGGAACUUGUAAACCUUAUAAAUAAUAAUCGAGUAACUGUGAUAAGUGGUGAAACUGGUUGUGGAAAGACAACCCAAGUGACACAGUUCAUCCUGGAUGAUUACAUUGAGCGAGGGAAAGGGUCUACAUGCAGGAUUGUUUGUACGCAGCCUAGGAGGAUCAGCGCUAUCUCGGUGGCCGAGAGGGUGGCUGCUGAAAGGGCAGAAACAUGCGGUAAUGGCAAGAGUACAGGAUACCAAAUUCGUCUACAGAGUCGGUUACCAAGGAAACAAGGUUCAAUAUUAUACUGUACUACAGGAAUUGUCCUCCAGUGGCUCCAGUCAGAUAAGCACUUGUCCAGCAUUAGUCAUGUAGUCCUUGAUGAAAUUCAUGAAAGAAACCUUCAGUCAGAUGUUCUACUAAGCAUUAUUAAAGAUCUUUUGAAUAUUCGUUUGGAUCUGAAAGUAAUACUCAUGAGUGCUACCCUAAAUGCAGAGAAGUUUUCAGAGUAUUUUG